CGCGUACAUAAAAUGCAGCUCGUCAGAGCUUAUGAGUCUUCAUUUCAAGUUGAGGAGUUGACCAGAACGGCCACACGAAAAGUAAAGGCGAAUUUUUUUGAAAAUAUAAUAAGUUUUCCAACAGAAUAUUCAGUAAAUUUCACAUUCGUGCUUUGGAUCCAGACAUUUCUCUUCUUCAGGCAAGUCAAAAAGGAGGGUUUCAGCGUAAUUCUCAACAAUGCUCCAUUACGUGGUCAACGCUCUCCGGUCUUGGCCUUUUAAGAGGUCCAAAUUUCCAGAGGACCAAGACGAGGCGACGACUGCAACUAGUUCUUCAUUCAAAUCACAGCCGUCCCAACUUGCACUGGUGCAUGCUGACAACGAGGAAACCGACGAAGGCCUAGAAAGUAUCCGGUCUACAGGAUUUAUUACACGUCUGGACGAAUCCAUGCCAAAAGGAGUCAUAGAUCGGACUUACUGUUUCGACAUCGGAACAUUUUGCUCUCCUCAUCACAACUUCCAACUCCGUUCCAAAGUGGACUUCGAAGCAUUUCGCAGCAAGGAAUCUCCAACAUGGAUUGUCACGUCGAUGAAACUGCACGUCUCGAAGGAGGAGGAACUAGCGAAGGAAACGUGUCGUCGUAAGAUCCAGAUUAUCAAAGUUGCAAGUGUUGGGAACGAUUGGAUUGACGCGGAAUGGGGGAACAACAAAGUCCAGCGGUUAUCAAAAUUGAAGCAGCUACUUCCGAAAUAUCAAAUAAAAUCUGGUGACUGGUUGCAAGUCCACUUUGAACAACUUCCUAAGGCAGCUGAGGCACAAGGAUUAUCCGGUGAUGCAACCUUAACCAAGAUUAUUAGUAUCCAGCCAAGCCAACAAAAAACAAUCGUAGGAAAAAUAACUAAACAAGGCAACGAAUUUUGCGUGGAAGACUACAUCCACGUCACUCCUGAAGCAAUAAAGGAUAACCAGCAAAUUCCCCUCAACACACUCGUACGAUGCGUUGCUGUCGAAUCGACCCAAAAAUUGAAACAUGGAGAAUUUCAGUGGCGAGCUGUAGAGGUGUCCUUGUCCAAUUUUAUACAGCAUUUAACCAAUGACCACAACCGAGAUGACGACGAGGAAUACGAAAAUGUUGACAUUCGCUGCCGUGAUUUGUACAACAACCGAGGUGGAAUCAAGAUCACACCAGAGGCUCGUGUCAAGUUUCAGGCCGCCAUCAUUGGAACUUGUGUUCAAAAAUCUGUGUCCGUGCAGAAUAUGUCGAACCGAAGUAUCACGCUUCAGUCGAUUGAAUUUCCACACGAUAAUGGAAUUUGUAAGUUUGAUUUGGACUUACCUCGACGGGACCGUGACGUUAUCAGAGUUCUUGCACCGGAGGAGAUGUACACUUUGAAGGUCAAUUGUACUCCACUUCAAAUGGGUAGAACAAAAGAAAUGGGGAUAUUUGACUUUGGUGACUUCAAAAUUGCUCGUGACUUCAUCAUCACGGGAUUAACGGCGGACGAGGAGCUUCUCAACAAUCUGAAGAACCCUGAAAAUGGACACUGUGCACAAAGAUUUGGCAGGAUUCGUGAAGUGGAACAAAUCAAUGCACUCAUGAAUGAUAACAGACGACGCUGCGUCCGUGGAAAUGCGCCCGUUCGUGCCCCGUUCUUUGCAUCUAAAAGAAUACCGCGUUACCCUGUACCACAGAAAAUAUGGGUCGCCUACAGGGAUAAAUCUGAAGAAAUUGUUAAGAAGCACUUUGCCGGAGUCUUGAGGGCUUUAGAUAUCAACAAUUAUCGGACCAAGUUCCAAGUCAGCCUGUGGUUUGAAGAAGUUGACAAUGAUGUCCUAAGGCGUCAGUAUGAUUUGGGAGGGGUCAGCUUCAAGAGAGAUUCGGAUUACUACACGUUUACUGCCCCUCAUAUUGAAGACAUACAUCCUCCUGUACUUAUUGGCGACCCAAUUGAUGCAUUUGAUCCUGAGGACCCCAAAGCUGUCAAAUAUGAAGGAUUUAUCAAAAAGAUUCAGGGGACUGAGGUGUCUGUCGGAUUUAGCGAAGUUUUCAACGAGACUUAUGACGGCGGACUUCUCCAAGUUAGAUUCUGCCAGGGAAGAAUGACCUACAAACGACAACAUUAUGCGGUCGAAUUGGCUCGUGAAAUCCUAGGAGAAACUUUUUUGUUUCCGUUUGGAUUUUUAGAAACGGAAAUUAAAAACCCACGGAUUCCAUUUUUUGAAGAUGAAGAUUCAUCAAACGAAACAUCCCCUGAUGAAGUAGCCGAGUCCGUUAUUGCUACAAGACAACAUCAGGAGGAUUCAGCUGCUCCUGCCUUUAAUUUAUUUCCAAACCGUCCCACGCGGAAGCCGAUCGCGACCACAUUCGGCAAAAGGCCACCAAAAAACGCCGUGGAUAAUACCAGCAGAAGAGAGAAAAGUCUCCGAACCGCUUUUGUCAGCGACGUUCGGACCACAAAUUUUCUCAAAGAUGUCAAACUAACCUGGUUCAACAGAAAUUUGAAUGAAGAGCAGAAAAAUGCUGUGCGACGUGUUUUAAGAGGACAAGCCCGACCACUUCCAUACAUCAUUUUUGGACCUCCAGGAACUGGAAAAACAGUCACUGUGGUUGAAGCUAUAAUGCAAGUAAACAAGUUGGAUCCAAACAGCAGGAUUUUGGUUACUGCUCCCACCAACCACGCAGCGGACAUCAUAGCAGAGUGCUUGGUUCGAAGUGGACAAUACCAGCCUGGAGAAUUUAUCCGGUUUAAUGGAUUCCUCCGACAAGAACAAGGCACACCGGAUUCCAUUAAGGAGUAUUGCAUUGAUGGCGAACUACUGGAUCACGUUGCUAGCAGUCGCUUAAUUGUGUCAACAUGCGCCACGGUGGGUCAAUUUUUCAGUCUCAAAUUGACGCCUGGCCAUUUUACGCACGUGUUUAUUGACGAAGCUGGGUACUGCACCGAGCCUGAGACUAUGAUCUCUGCAGUGAACCUUGCUCUCGAUCGAGACGGACAGUUGAUUCUUGCGGGGGAUCCAAAACAACUGGGACCCGUUCUUAUGAGCGACAUUGCUAAAAAUCUGGACUUGAAUCUUUCCUUUCUUGAGCGUUUGGUGAUCGGCAAGGAAGGAACGGAAAACAUUUAUGGGCGGAACCCAGAAAAAUUUGGACAAGAAAAUUGUGGAUAUAACACAUUAGUUUUGACUAAAUUGGUCAAAAAUUAUCGUGCUCACGAGUCCUUGCUCAAGCUUCCGUCUCAUCUAUUCUACGAUGAUGAUUUAGUACCAUGUGCGGCACAGGAAGAAGCUUACGUGUUAACCCAAAAUCACAAAAUUUCUCAGAAGAUCUUGCUCUCCCAAGGGGUCCCUCUCGUCUUCCACGGAGUUCAAGGGACCAGCGUUCGUGAGCGUGACUCUCCCAGUUGGUACAACGCUGCUGAAAUUAUGCAAGUUGUAAAUUAUGUCCGAACCCUGAAGUCUUGUGGAGUCAAGAAUCGUGAUAUCGGAAUUAUUACACCAUAUCGAAAGCAGGCGGAGAAGUUGCGUCUUGCCAUGAAAAUGGGGCUGCUUGAAGACAAGAUUCCAAAAGUGGGUUCUGUUGAAGAGUUCCAAGGUGGUGAACGGCAAGUGGUUAUCAUAUCCACCGUACGUUCCUUAUACGAAGAUAAAAUAAACUCGUGUGUCCACCAACUUGGGUUCAUUUAUAAUGAAAAACGAUUCAACGUCGCAAUUACACGGGCAAAAUCUUUGAUGAUUAUCGUUGGAAAUCCUCACGUCCUUUGCAAAGACAAACACUGGAAGAACCUUCUUCGCUAUUGCAUAGAAUUGCAGGCCUACAAAGGCUGCAACUUGCCAGUUGAAUUAGACGAAGUUAAGAACAAGCUGUAUGACGAUUUUAAAAAUCAGGAGGCCAACAGAGAUGUUCCCACCCUUCCUCCGGACAUGGCAACUUUGACAUACAACCCGAGCGGAUUGGAUGAUGACGACAAUUUCUAAAGGAUAGAGUUCAUUUUUGAAAUACAUCUUAUUAUGCAGAAUUUAUGUUUAUACUUUAAAUUUCAGUCACAUUUUUAUAUAAAAAUUAGGAUAAUUUAUUAUUAU